AGAACGCGAGCACGGUAAGUGACGCGUCUCAGUGUCUUCCGUUAAGUCCGUGCGAAACAACUUCGAACGCUACCACCGCCUUGAUAUACGGAAACACAUCAACCACAUCGUGAUACUUGGCUAAUACUUUUCCGUCGUCGAAAACCCAUACAGGUACAUAGUGAUUUACUGUUGAGAUCGAAAUCGCUGCAAACGACCGUCGAAAAUGCGUGAGUGUAUAUCAGUACAUAUUGGUCAAGCCGGUGUCCAGAUCGGUAAUGCGUGUUGGGAGCUAUACUGCUUGGAACAUGGCAUUCAACCUGACGGACAAAUGCCAUCGGACAAGACGAUCGGUGGAGGAGAUGAUAGUUUCAACACAUUUUUUAGCGAGACCGGAGCUGGGAAACACGUUCCAAGAGCUGUGUUUGUUGAUUUGGAGCCAACCGUUGUCGACGAAGUACGUACAGGCACGUACAGACAACUGUUUCACCCCGAACAGCUGAUCACCGGCAAAGAGGAUGCGGCCAACAACUACGCCCGUGGCCACUACACUAUCGGUAAGGAGAUCGUCGACAUCGUGCUGGACCGGAUCCGGAAGCUGUCCGACCAAUGCACCGGUUUGCAGGGUUUCCUGGUAUUCCACUCGUUCGGUGGUGGAACCGGUUCCGGGUUCACGUCACUGCUCAUGGAACGGCUGAGCGUGGACUACGGGAAAAAGAGCAAGUUGGAGUUCUCCAUCUACCCGGCACCACAGGUGUCCACGGCCGUGGUCGAGCCGUACAACUCAAUACUGACCACGCACACCACGCUCGAGCACUCAGACUGUUCGUUCAUGGUGGACAACGAGGCCAUCUACGACAUAUGUCGCCGGAACUUGGACAUUGAACGGCCCACGUACACCAACUUAAACCGAUUGAUUGGCCAGAUCGUGUCUUCCAUUACGGCGUCGCUAAGGUUUGACGGCGCGUUGAACGUCGACUUGACAGAGUUUCAAACAAAUCUGGUGCCGUACCCGCGGAUCCACUUCCCGCUGGCCACAUAUGCGCCGGUGAUAUCGGCCGAGAAGGCGUAUCACGAACAGAUGACCGUGGCCGAGAUCACGAACGCCUGUUUUGAGCCGGCCAACCAGAUGGUCAAGUGUGACCCGCGGCACGGAAAGUACAUGGCGUGUUGCAUGCUGUACAGGGGCGAUGUGGUGCCGAAGGACGUGAACGCGGCCAUCGCCACAAUCAAGACAAAGAGGACCAUACAGUUUGUGGACUGGUGCCCAACCGGGUUCAAGGUGGGUAUCAACUACCAGCCACCGACCGUUGUUCCGGGUGGUGAUCUGGCCAAAGUGCAGAGGGCCGUGUGCAUGCUGUCCAAUACGACGGCCAUCGCCGAGGCCUGGGCACGGCUCGACCACAAGUUCGACUUGAUGUACGCGAAGCGCGCGUUCGUCCACUGGUACGUGGGUGAAGGCAUGGAGGAAGGCGAGUUUAGCGAGGCCCGCGAGGACCUGGCCGCGUUGGAGAAGGAUUACGAGGAAGUUGCCACCGAUUCGGCGGACGGUGACGGCGACGACGGAGACGAAUACUAACAACCACCUGCACCACCUCAACCACCACUACCGCCGCCGUUUCAACAUCGCGAACGACUGCCGCCGUCCGAUCCCGCAGACAACGAUCUCUCUGGUUACAGAAAUUUCCGUCCUCGUGUGUCGCUCGUACGAUGACAAUAAUAUUAUUAUGAUAUCACAAUAAAAAUGAAAUAAUAAUAACAAUAACCAGUGCUCGAAUUGGAAAAAUAAAAGGAGUUACUAUAAUAAGUCGUGAAAGACAUGUUUGUCGUCCGUUGCAAUGAUCGAACUCCACGUAGAUAACUCGAUGGGGGCUAUGCGAUUGUUUCACAUAUUAUUUCGAUCGCUAUACAUAUUACGAUUAACGUACACUAGAUGCAAAUGCAAAAAGUUAUUUUUUAUUUUUAUACAUUAAAUGAAUAUAUUGUGUUAACCUGAAAAAACGCUGUCCCUUCCCCACUCAAUUCGAGCUCUGCAUAUUUAUAACAAUAUAGGUACUCUUUAAAUACAAUACAUAAUAUAUAUUAAAAUUAAUCCCCAACGGGCAACGGGUGCGUUUUAUAUCGUUGAAAUGGCUGUUUCAAAUUUUUGAAAUACAUUCUACUAUUAAUUGCUUAAAAGCUUAAAUGGCUUUAAAAUCUGAAAUUUGAAUAAUUUACUUACACUAACACGUACAAUCGAUCGACCACCGGACAUGGACAAAAUAUAUGACAUUAAUACACGAAGGUUAUUUUUAGCUAAAUACAUAUUUUAUAAUAUUGUAUAUUAUAAGUGUUGAUCGGUGGCAUAAUGGACUGCAUGCAUUUUGUAUGGUGGAGGGGGGUGGGUAAAGUUUAUAAUAAUUACAAAACAUUUCAAAAAAAUAUAUAAACUUAAUAUUGAUGGGAAUUUGUAUUUUUUUCCAUUGUAAAAAAAUUUAAGAGGGUGGGAUUUGAACCCUCUACUCCCCACUCCGUACAUAAAAUCAGAUCGUUUGCAUAUUUAUUAUAUACUAUAAUAUCUCAGCUCGUAUAACGACUAACAGUACCUAUUUACCUAAAGAUAGUUUUAUGCUCUUUUUAUUUUCAAAUUUCAAAUUUGUUCUUUUUAGUUUAAUAUAACAUUAACACAUUAUAACUUAUUAAUUAUUAUUGACGUUAACUAACGUAGACAUAAGAUUUUAUAAUAUUAUAUAUAUAAUUAUUUUUACGAUAGUUUUUUAUUAUGUAAUUGUAAUGAUAAUAAUUGUAAUUCGUAUGUAUACUAUAAUAUAAUAUAGUAAUGCUACUUA